AUGCUCAAGUUUCUAUGCCUUGCAGUCCCACUGCUGACCAUCAUGGUCAAUGCUCAACUGGCUCUUCAGCCAGCACCCAACUGUGGUCUUCCUGCAGACCUUAAAUGUCUUAUUACCAAUGCUCAAUAUACUGUUGUUGGUACAGUGGUAUCUAGCACCCUCAACGAAACAGGGAGCUCACCAACCAAUUACAAUGCAACCAUUGCCAUUCGAUGUGUGUGGGCUAGCUUUACAUCGCCUAUAUCUCCAGGAGCCGGACUUGCAGGACAGCAAGUUCUUGUUGCUAAUUGGGGAUUCCCAAAGCAAGGAUGUCCAUCCAAUACUGGCAGUCGUGCCAAUGUGGGAGACAAUCAUAUCUACUUUAUAUAUGUAGCCGCAUCCGCACCCAACGGACAAGGACCUGCUCAAGCUAUAUACGCUGUGCAAGACAUUUGUGUAGGUGGAGCAGCUUACACUCAAGACAAUAUCAAUACGGUUGCUUCAGUCUUGAAGCAGUAUCCUUCAAAUGCCAUUGCAACUGAGAAUAUAGGUGGUGCUAGCUGCGCAUUACCUUCUGUAUCGCCCAGUUCCAAUGGUGGAUCUGCGAAUACAGGUGGAAACUCUGCUCCAUCGCCUGUAACAGUUCCAAAUACUGCCUCGUCGAUUGAGGGCAGCAUAACAUCUAUAAUCACGGCUGCUGCUCUUGGUUUAAUGUCUUGGUUUGGUCUCUGAUUGUUGAAUGAUUUGAUUUUAUUACUCUAAUCAAUGGCAUACCUUUCUUAUUAUCCAGUCAUGGAGUGAUCACUCCAGAUUAUCUGAUAAUAAAAACAACAAUGAAUAUUCAAAU